GCUCUCGCACACAAAGUGCUCAUUUAAUUAGUUCGCAUUUUAGACGACGAAAGUGAUUCCAAUCUUUAACUUCGAAUCCAACCAAUAAUUAUCUUGCGAACUUUCACUUAAACUACAAACGUUUAUAUACAACAACAAUAAAUAUAUAAAUAUAUUCAACAAAUUUUUGUACCAGAAAUGAGCAGGAAUCCAGUUGAAAUAAUUUAUAAAUGCAGCACUGAAAAAAACUACAGCAAUUUUUGUAUGGAUUAAACAAUAACUAUUGAUAUAAAAAGAAUUAUAACAUAAUUAGAGCUCGAUUCUACGCAACUGAACUCUGCUGUAGAGUAUGUGCAAAAAGAGACAACAACAACAACAGCUGGAGUCGAACAAUUUCGAUAGCAACUCAUUCGAUAUCAAUAUAUUCCAAAACACUCCAUUAGUGAUUAGUUAGGAUAUAUGUUAAUCAAAUUUAUCGAAGCCACAAAUACAACAACAACACGAAGAAGAAGAACAACAACAAACAAAAAACAACAACAGCGAAAGCGAAAGCAAUAAACGACGAACCUCAGCGUUAAGCAAAAAGAUUUACUGAUUUAUCAUAUAUAUGCGUAUAUAUAUCUAGAUCUGUAUACACUGAUAUAUAUACAUAUAUUAAGAAUAUAGAGUAGUUGUAUAGUCGACAUUCAAAAGUAUUCAAAAUUUGUUUUCUUUGAUGUUUUAGUUGUACUAAAAAAAAACAAUAUAUAUAUAUCACUAUAUAGAUAUAUAUUUUGUAUAUGAUUGUGAGCAUUUUUUUUAUAACAAAAAAAGAAAUAGUUAGAAAUUCGCAGAAAUUGAAUUUGAAAUUGAUGUGCAGCGUAGUUGUAGAAUAGUUAUAACAAUUGCCAGGACAGCAUAAGUAGGAUCAGGAGCAGGAUCAGCAGGAUCACAGGAUCAGUAAACAAAAGCAAUAGUCACAUCAAGAGACGAGACGAGAGAAAAAGUGAAUUGAAAAAAACAUGGACGAGUCACAGCCAAAAACGUUGUACGUUGGAAAUCUGGAUGGUUCCGUAUCGGAGGAUCUACUGGUUGCUUUAUUUGGUAAAAUGGGUCCAGUCAAAAGCUGUAAAAUCAUCAGAGAGCCCGGCAACGAUCCCUAUGCCUUCAUCGAAUAUUCCAAUUAUCAGGCAGCUAGCACCGCCCUCACGGCCAUGAACAAACGUGUCUUUCUCGACAAAGAGAUCAAGGUCAAUUGGGCCACUAGUCCAGGCAAUACGCCCAAGACAGACAUCAGUUCGCACCAUCACAUAUUCGUGGGCGAUCUCAGUCCGGAGAUUGAGACGGAGACGCUGCGUGAGGCGUUUGCACCGUUUGGCGAGAUAUCAAAUUGUCGCAUUGUCCGUGAUCCGCAGACCAUGAAGUCCAAGGGUUAUGCCUUUGUGUCCUUUGUGAAGAAGGCGGAGGCGGAGAAUGCCAUACAGGCGAUGAAUGGCCAAUGGAUUGGAUCGCGUUCGAUACGCACGAAUUGGUCCACACGGAAGCUGCCGCCACCGCGGGAAUCAUCCAAGUCUGGUGGCCAAGGUGGCGGCAUGGGCGGUGGCAUGGGCGGCGGUGCUGGAGGAGGAGGCGGUGGAUUGGGUGCUGGCAAUGGCAUCAAGAGCCAACAACGACACACCUUUGAGGAGGUGUACAAUCAAUCGAGUCCCACAAAUACCACCGUCUAUUGUGGCGGCUUUCCGCCCAAUGUCAUCAGUGAUGAGCUGAUGCACAAGCAUUUCAUGCAAUUCGGUCCCAUCCAGGAUGUGCGGGUGUUCAAGGACAAGGGAUUCGCGUUCAUCAAGUUUGUGACCAAGGAGGCAGCCGCCCGUGCCAUCGAACACACGCACAACAGCGAGGUCCAUGGCAACCACGUCAAAUGCUUCUGGGGCAAAGAGAAUGGUGGCGAUAAUUCGGCCAACAAUUUAAAUGCCGCCGCUGCUGCAGCGGCCUCUGCCAAUGUUGCCGCUGUGGCAGCGGCCAAUGCUGCUGCUGCCGCCGCUGCGGGUGCUGCCGGGAUGCAGGGACAGAUGAUGACACAGCAGCAACUGGCCGCUGCCACGGGCACCGCGUUACCCGGCCAAAUGAUGACGCCCCAACAGAUUGCAGCUGCCGCGGCAGCGGCGCAGGCGCAAUAUCCCUAUGCGGCAGCUUAUCAACAAAUGGGCUAUUGGUAUCCCCCAGCUCAGAGCUAUCCCGCCCAGAUGCAAACGCAGUACAUGCAACAGGGUUAUUAUCCUUACUACACCACCAGUGCUCAACAGGCCGGAGGCGUGCCUGCCGGGUACCGAGUGAUGCCACCAAAUGUGGCAUGGGGCGUGCCAGGGACCACUGUUGUGCCGGGCGUCUCUGCCGCUGCGAGUGCGGCAGCUGCCGCUAACGGUUCGCUUGCCCCACAGAUGAUGUACAGCGCUGCGAUGCCACAAUAUCAAACCCAAUGAGCGGAGACGUGACGCCUGCUUCGACGUCGUCUGCAACAUCCGCAUCCGCAUCUGCAUCCAGGAGGCAGCCGCUGCAAUCAACGACCACAUCCACAUCAACGUCCACAUACAACAACAACAACAGCAGCAGCAACAACAACAACAACAGCACUCUUGCAAUAUCAUUAUCCACAUAAAAUCGUGCCAGGAUCUGUGCUCCUUACAAUUGACAGCAACAACAACAGCAAUAACAGUAGCAUAACAGAUGUUACGUUACUUGGCAACAACUAAUAGAUCUGGUAACACUUGACACACGACACUCAAAAAAGAAGAAAUCUGGUAACACGCUGGAAGUAUCAAUUCCUUAUAACGUUUUGUUUGACUUGUGUUACGUUACACGUUUUUAGCAAAGUGGCAACCCUACGUUGAUAUACUGUUAAUUGUGUGCGCUUCUGCUUACGUGAAUUUGUAUGCGUGAGUGUGUGUGUGUUUUGCGUGCGUGCGUUAGUUGAUCAUCGAAGCAAAGCGUUGAACUAAAAGUUUAGAGAGAGGAAGAAAGAGAGAGAGAGAAAAGCGGCAAACGCGCUCUGAAAGCUCUGGGCGAUGAUAAGCGACGACGGGCGACGGGCGGGUAGCUGUAACAAUCUAAUCCAAUCUAAGUACAUGUUAAAAUAAUUUAAUGAUUUGUAAUUUAAGGCAGAUAUAGGCGUAUACACGAAACGGAAACAGAAACAAAACAAAAUAA